AUGAAAACUUUGCUGCAUUACUUGUUCCUCCUCUGCUUCAAUAUCCUCCUCCCUGCAGUUCACAGCCAGUGCAUUAAAGACCAGCAACAAUCAUUGCUCCAUUUGAAGAAAAGCCUUCAAUUUGAUCAACCUUCACGCCAAACCCCGCUCAUAUCUUGGAAUUCAAGCACCGACUGUUGUUCUUGGGUUGGUGUUACUUGCACCAGUGAUGGGCAUGUUGUUGGUCUUGACCUUAGCAACAAAACUAUCUCUGGUCCAAUUCUAGGAUCCUUUGCCAACUUUUCAAACCUAAGGGUGUUGAAUUUGAGUUCGAACACCAUCUCUGGUACGGUUCCCGGAUUCUUUGCCAAUUUUUCAAAGUUGACUUCCUUGAAUCUCAGUGGUUGUUGGUUGAAUGGAAUAUUUCCCAACGAGAUCUUUCAGGUACCUACUCUACAAACUAUUGAUCUUUCGGCUAAUUUUAAACUUGGUGGUUCCUUGCCAGAAUUUCCCAAGAAAAUUGGAUCUCUUCAGUCCUUGUCUCUAAGCGAGACAAACUUUUCGGGGUCAUUGCCUGACUCCAUUGGCAACCUCAAAAUGUUGUCGACGAUAGAUCUUUCAAAUUGCAGUUUCCAUGGAUCAAUCCCCUCGUCGCUCUUUUCUCUUCCAUUAUUAUCACAACUAAACCUUUCCCACAAUCAAUUCUCUGGUGAACUUGCAAUUUCUAAUGUCUCUUCCAACUUAGUUACCCUUGAUCUAAGCUUCAACAAUUUGGAAGGACAAAUAUCGGUGUCUAUAUUUAAUUCUACAGUGAAAACUGUUGACCUUCAUUCAAACAAACUCCAGGGGCAAAUCCCAACUUUCCUACCAUCUGCCAAGUAUCUGGAUUACUCAAUAAAUAAUUUCAGCUCUAUACCAUCAAACAUUGGUGAUUUCCUCACAAACACACUGUUCUUCUCUCUUUCAAGCAAUAACUUGCAUGGGCUCAUUCCAGCAUCAAUAUGCAAUGCCUCAAAUCUUCAGAUUCUUAAUCUGUCCAAUAAUUCUCUGAGUGGCAUGAUUCCCCAAUGCUUGACUGCAAUGCGUGAUCUCAGUGUACUUAACUUAGCGAGAAACAACCUCACUGGAUCUAUUUCUAAUGUUGAAGUUACUGAAGAUAGUUCAUUGCAAAUUCUAGAGAUCGGUGGAAAUCAGUUAUAUGGCAAGGUUCCCAAAUCUCUAGCUAAAUGCACUAUGUUGGAGGUUUUAAACAUUGGAAACAAUAAUAUAACAGAUAGCUUCCCAUGUUUGUUGAAGAACAUUUCCACUUUGCGUGUCCUUAUUUUGCGCUCCAACAACUUUUAUGGAGGCAUUGAAUGUCUCAACACCAAUGGCACCUGGCCAGGGGUUCAAAUUAUAGACCUAGCUCACAAUAAUUUCAGUGGUGAAAUACAGGGAAUACUUUGGAGAACAUGGCGGGAAAUGAUGGCUACCGAAAAUGGUUCCCUAUCGACAAUUGCCUUUGGAUCACAUACAAAAAGAAAAACCUUGGCCUCGAUGAAGGCUACAAGCUGCAUUCGAGUAUCUGAUAGAUCCUGCCGUGGCUAUCAAAAUGUUGUUCCUUCUCGUGCACAUGAAUCUUGCCUUUCAGAUCCAACUAAUAGACUCUGCAAUCGCUAUGCAGAUGCUGGUUCUUCUAAUGCAGAUGCUGGUACUUCUAAUGCAGAUGAUGGUUAUUCUUUAGAGUAUAGUGUAAGUGUAACAGUUACUAGCAAAGGUUUAGAGAUGGAACUGGUAAAGAUUCUAUCUAUCUUUACCUUGAUUGACUUCUCAAGCAACAACUUCAGUGGACCCAUACCCACGGAAAUAGGAGAAUUCAAAUCACUAUGUGUCCUUAACUUGUCCCGAAAUGCAUUCACGGGCGAAAUCCCAUCCAAAUUUGGUAACAUGCAGGUACUCGAGUCCUUGGACCUGUCACAGAACAAGCUGAGUGGGCACAUUCCACCGCAGUUGGCAGAGCUUACUUUUCUUUCUUUCUUGGAUCUCUCAUAUAAUCAACUGGUUGGCAGGAUCCCAACCAGUAAUCAGUUUUCAACAUUUCCACCAUCCUCCUUUACAGGUAACAAAGGACUACGGGGGUUUCCUUUGACGGUGGAUAACAAAGCAGGAUUUCCACCACCACCAACAAUGAAUGGAAGGUCUCCAAAUUCUGGGCAUCAUCAUGAGGUUAAUUGGGAUCUUAUCAGUGCUGAAAUUGGAUUUAUAGUUGGCUUUGGAGUUGUCGUUGGGUCACUUGUGUUGUGCAAGAGAUGGAGAAAGUGGUAUUACAGAGCUAUGUACAACAUCCUUCUCAAGAUAUUCCCUCAGCUGGAAGAAAGAAUUGGUAUUCAUCGAAAACAUGUUCACAUAAAUCAAAGGUGA